GACGGGGGCGAGCAAUGGAGCGAGUGCGCGCCGUGAGCAGCUGCACAGGAGAGAGGGGCACGAGCCGAAUGUGUGGAGCUGAAGAUGGCGGAUGGAGACAGCGGGAGUGAGCGAGGCGGUAGCAGCGGGGGAGGCGGCGGCGGCGGUGGUAGUGGUGGUGGCGGCGGCGGUAGUGGCGGCUUCCAGCACUUCCAGAGGGACCAGGAGACCCAGGAGCUGGCGUCCAAGCGUCUUGACAUCCAGAACAAGCGCUUCUACCUGGACGUCAAGCAGAACAGCAAGGGCAGGUUUAUCAAAAUCGCAGAGGUCGGGGCCGGAGGCUCCAAAAGUCGCCUGACCCUCUCGCUGUCGGUGGCGGCGGAGUUCCGUGACUACCUCGGGGAUUUCAUCGAGCACUACGCCCAGCUGGGGCCUAGCAGUCCGGAGCAGAUAGCCCAGGCUGCUGCGGGGGAGGAUGGCGGGCCCAGGCGAGCGCUCAAGAGCGAGUUUCUCGUUCGGGAGAAUCGCAAGUACUACCUUGACCUGAAGGAGAACCAGAGGGGGAGGUUCCUGCGGAUCCGACAGACCGUCAACCGUGGACCUGGCUUUGGAGUCGGGGGCCCAGUGGGCGGCAUGCUCUCCGGCCAGACCAUAGCCCUUCCGGCCCAGGGGUUAAUAGAGUUUAGAGACGCCCUCGCUAAGCUCAUAGAUGACUACGGGGGAGACGACGAGGAGCUGGCCGGUGGCACGGCCGCCGGGGGCUACGGUGAGCUCCCCGAGGGCACCUCCAUCAUGGUGGACUCCAAGCGGUUCUUCUUCGACGUCGGCUCCAACAAAUACGGGGUGUUCCUGCGUGUGAGCGAGGUGAAGCCCAGCUACAGGAACUCUAUCACCAUCCCCUUCAAAGCCUGGGGCAAAUUCGGAGGAGCUUUCAGCAGAUACGCCGAGGAGAUGAAGGAGAUCCAGGAGCGGCAGCGAGAUAAAUUGUACGAGAGGAGGGAUGAGUCCGAGGGAGACGAGGUGGAGGACGACUGAUAAAUCAGACGGCUGUUAGUCCAAUUACACGACAGAUCUGCAAUAUAGGAGUAUUUUGCAAAAAAAUAUAAUACAAAAAAAAUGAUUCAAAAAAGACAGAUAAAGUGCAUGACAAAUCGUGCUGUUAUAGCCUACUAAAGUAUCGUGGAGUAAAAAAAGUACAUGUGCAGGGAGUAAUUGGUGUAUUAUCCUAAAGUUUGUAGGGUUGAGGGUUGGAGUGGUCGUUUGAAUCUCUGAAAGUGAAUAAAAAGUGGACUAAAUGUUAAAUGAGAGAUUUCUCACCGGCUGAAAGGUGAGAGAAAACUAAUAAAACCAGCAAAUUGGUUUUUAUAUCUAGAAAAUAAGCCUAUUCGAGACAUAGUUUAUAUUUUAGGAGUGAGGAGUCAAACUGUUUAAGAUGUUUUCCUUGCUCACUCCAGGGAGAGAACCUAGCAUCCAUUGUAUUCCUGUUCAGACCAGGUCUCUCCUCGGGAGGUAGAUUGUGGGAUUUCUUGCAAGUCAGUCAGAUGAGCCUGAGGGGGAAUGUACAGCGAGCUGCUGUCACUCGGUGGAUGUUCCGCGUUAGAUGACGGUUCAACAGAUGAAGAGCUGUCAAACAGCAUGGAGGCGAGCAGCAGCCGGCCGUUCAUUGAAAAGGUUGCCUGAAAAAAUAUUAGGGGAGAGGAUUAUCUGUGAGACCAAACAACAACGGCCUUGCAGAAUAAAAAUUAAAGCUUUUGACUCCAGUAGUCAAUUACAGUGCAGAUCAGCUGGGUUUUAUGUUAUACAUACAAUCUUGGCAAUAUUUUCAAAGCAUAAGUCUCAUCGUUUUCAGUAAGAUUCACAUUUAGAGAUGACGAGCCGUCUGUUCUCCUGACACCAGAGCAUCCCUGGCGUUUGAGAACAGCCGCUUUGGAGAGCCAACAUGUGGGAAGAGGACUGUCUUUUUGUGGGAGCCAUCCCCACCAGGGACAAAUGUAUAUGUAUAUAUAUAUAUUGGGACUUUUAACAAUUAGCUCCCGAAUUGUUAAAAGUGAAUUAGCUUCAUUCUGCAGAGCAUCAGCGAUGAGCUUUGCCAUCAGCCUCUGUGUCGUGGACAGAGCUGGACAGGCGUCCAUCUCAACCAGCCACGCUUCAUUUUCUGAUGUAUCAACUAACAUCCUCUGACACAUGAAGACCCUGGACAGAAACACAUUCAUGGAUUGUUUUCUUUUUGUUUGGGGUUUUUUCUCUGUGCGUGUGUGGUUUUAUUUUUUUCCAAAAGAACUAUAUUGAAACGAGAUUCUACUUAUAGGAAUGAUAUUAUCGAACAAACCAGCAGAAGAUAUUUUGAAAUACUUAUAAUGGAAAAUGUAUUGUUUAAAUGAAUUUCAUUACUAUAAAAUUAAAUGAAAAGGUUAAUUUCUUAAAACAAAGUUGUGACUCAAACCUCCAGAUUGUUUUUUCCAAGAGUAAAAGUAUAACACUUCCUUAAUUAAAACUACUUGAAACACAACAA